AUGCUCUUCUAACAGCAAAGAAACAUGGCGGAAGAAGGCUCGGCGGUGGAUGCAGAGGAUAAGUUGGAGACAGAACCGGACCCUUGUCGGUCCAAAUGUUGUCCUGAAACUUUUGUCGAAAAAGAAACUGAAAAUACGAAUGAAAAGUCCAAGGAGGAUUUUAGCGUCGAGGAGAAAGAAAAAGACACGACAGAAGAAGAGCACGCUUCGUCCAGUAGGGAAACUGCGAGUUUUCGUGUUGUUUGGAACAAGAAAAACUAUGAGGUCACUUUUCCUGUGGAUGAAACAGUUGAUAGUCUCAAACAACACAUAGAGAAGCUCACAGGUUUACCAGUUUCAAUGCAAAAGCUGAUGUACAAAGGGCUAGUUAAGGAUGGAGGCAAAACAUUACGAGAACUUAAUGUUUCUAAUGGAGUGAAGAUGAUGGUUGUUGGCUCAACCAUUAAUGAUGUCAUGAAAGUGACACCCCCUCCUCCAGGAGCAUUAAAAGAUGAAAAAUCAGGCACCUCAGGUUCUUCAAAGGAACCACUUAGUAAACAAAAGAUGCAUAAAAAAGUUUUAGACAAAGGAAAACCAGAUGACGUCAUGCCUGGAUUUAAAAAUAAAAAAGAAAAGUUACCCAAUGUUCCAAUUGCUGGGAUGUAUAACAAAUAUGGAGGAAAAGUUAGAUUAACGUUCAAGCUUGAAUUGGAUCAAGUUUGGAUCGGAACAAAGGAACGAACAGAAAAGGUACCGAUGGGAUCAAUAAAAAAUGUAGUAUCAGAACCAAUCGAGGGUCAUGACGAAUAUCAUAUGUUGGCCAUUCAGCUUGGACCAACGGAGGCAUCUCGAUACUGGAUCUACUGGGUUCCUGCACAAUACGUGGACGCCAUUAAAGACACUAUUCUCGGCAAAUGGCAGCCAUUCUAGACAGUCAUAAACACAGUGUCGCUACUGUGGUGUCAGCUUAAAUACUGCAUCAUUCAAGGGUUCAGUGUCAAACAGACUGGAGAGACGUUCAAAGCUGGCCCAAACAUGAUGUCGUUGGAUUAAGUUGAAAUACUUUUUUUUGCAGCUCAAGAUGGUAUUAAACAUUUCUGCGUACUUUUGCUGCUCUAACGACGGGAACCUAUUGACUUCGAUUCGAUCUUCUUUUUGCGGUACCCGAGAUGCAAUUUUUUUAAUCUUCAACCUUAACCCUUUAAUUCCCAAAAGUGAUUAACAUGUAACUUCUCACUAUUAUUUCAAUGCAUUAUCCAAUUAACGUUAAAUUGUCGUAACCAAUUUAUCAGGAAAUGUGUAGCAGAUAGAGGGGAGAAUUAACAAUCAGAUCUUGGGAGUUAAAGGUGUUCUGGAAUUGAGAGUGAUUAUGUGAUUUCUAAUUCUUCUUUGAAGUAAAUUCUCCAUUUUUUCCCCCACCGUUUCGGGUAUUGCCAAGCGUGAUUGUGAUGUGCCAAAUGGAUUACGAAGCGUUCACUGACAUGAAGAAAAUUGAAUUACAGCGAAGGUCACUUUGAUCUUUCUGUCAGAUGACAGUUUAAAACUGUGAAGGGUUUGUACUGCUGAGGUAAUUACCCUGGCUAUUUUCAGCUUCUAUUUCAGCCUUGGGAAUCUGUGCUUGUUCCCCUCCUCCACUCCCGCAAGUUUGUUCCAUGUGAUCAGUAACUCAUUUUUCUUGAGAGAGGCUAGGACUGAUGUUGGCUGAACGCCUCUGGUUGAUAAGUGGUUAUCCUGAAAAUUGAUACAAAAAUCUGAAAUUUUCCAUCUUAGAAACCUUUAUUUUAAAUGUAGAGCAGCAUCAGGAAGCCGAAAUGAAGCCAAGAUCAGUUCUUCGUCAUUGUUUGCCGUGGUAAUGUUUCCUUUUUAGCGCUGAGCUGAAGAGCUUCAAGAAAAUUAGAUUAAAGAUCUAUU